GUCGCCAUAGUAACUGGGGUCUGACCAGAGGGUAGUGGAAAUUCGCUGAUUACUAUUGCACUGAAGCGUUUGCUUUUUAUUGCUGUUUUGUGGACGAGCAUGUAUUGUAAUUAGGGCAUUUUUGUGUGUCGUGACAAUGUUGGCACAGACACUAACGUUGCUACUUUGACCAAGUUGUCGCGGCUUUGCUAACGACGAGGGCUUAGCUAAACUCAGCUAACUGGAUGAAGCACGGCUAUGUCCGGCAGUAACCUCCCGCCGGUGCGCCACCUGCCACAGUGGAGCCGAGUCGGGCGUCUCGGGGUGCCGUGCUCGCCUCGACGUUUACCGGCGAACCGACUGCAGCCGCUGCCUGUCCUCCCCGCGGGGGACCGAGAGGUGCCGAGGGCGACGACGGGGUCGGGUCACGGCGACGCGGACACCCGCGUCGCCUCACUACAGAGGAACAUCGAGUUCCUGCAGUACCAACACAAAGAAACUCUGCAGAAACUUCACCAAGAAGUGGACUUACUCAGAAGGGAGAACAAAGAGUUGAAGUAUAAGAUGAUUAUGGACGCUCCCAAGCCAAGUAGGAAAGUUCUGAAACAUCCCCAAGCGGGUGUUGGACCUGCUGUUCGGGGGAGAGAACCCCCACAGAACCAAAUGCUAAGAAGCAUGGGAGACUGUGUCGUGAGUCUUGGACCCUUCAGGCCAAAUCGCAGGUCAGAGCAGUUGGGCGGGCUCGUCAACUCACAGCAGCCUCUACAAGUCCACAACGGUCCGUCUCAUCCACCACGUGCGUCCACGUUGCGGGAGUGUGAGCUUAUCAUCCGCCAACUGUACAAUACCAACAGUUUACAGUCUCAGGAAAUUGUACGCUACAAGGAGUUGCUGAGUGAUAUUGUGCUCAACAAGAGAAUCACACCAGAAAACUACAAUCUCACCAAAGCCUUCCUUGUGGAUGAUAUCUGCAAAUCCUCUGACAACACAUUUCCUAAACUGGAUCUGCAAACAGGAAAAAUGACCGGUGUGACCCUGCCAGCGCUCACGCAGAGCGUCAGCUCCUCAGUGGCAGAGCGUCAGAGAAGAGGUCGUGUUGUGCACAGAGGCCAUGUUAAGGGUACAGUGCGGUGAGAAGAUACAGAUUAGUACCAACCACCUUCAGGACAGCCACAGUCCUUUUUUGUUUCACUGGAAAAGCUAAGUCACAAAUGACUGAAUAUACUCUGGAAUAUGUUUCCAGUAGGAGACUGAUUCAGGUAUUUAUGCUUUGUAGUGUUACGAUGUCCCAAAGGAUUGGAUUCAUGGACAAAAGUGUUGGGAUGUCAAACAGUUAAUCAGUUACGGAUUGGGCUGGCCAUCUUAGUUCUACUGUUGUACAAUUUUCUGACAAGUUGUCUUGAGAGAAACUGACUGAUUUCAGCCCCAGACCUCAGGACACCUAAUCCAACACUGGUGAGGGCUCAAAUGUUCUUCUGAAUAAAUGGACAAAAAUUCCCAGAUACACACCAAAUUCUUGGAGAAAGCCUUCCCAGAAGAGUGGAGCCAACUCCUAUUUUUUCCCCCCACUUCAUGCCAGGUGUCCCAAUACUUCUGUCCAGAUAGUGUACCGCUCCUGUUUUACCACAAGUACUGUCUCAAAUCCAUCUAUAUGGCAGAACUUGUGAAGUAUGUUUUUAUUAAAGUUGUGUUUGUUGGACUUUUGUAGUCUUAUUUUAGCUAAACAUACUUAGUUUACUACAUGAAACUUGUGGAAGUCAACAUUCGACAA